AUGGGCAUCAUCAGCGGGGAGAACCCCGCCAUCAUGCCCAUCGGCGGAGCGAUCGGGACGGGCGGCACCAUGGGAAUGGGCGAAGAAGCGCCCGCCCACAUCUUAGGCGAGGCUAGUGCCGCCUCGGCCGCCGCCGCGUUGUCGGCGACCAUCGCGGGAUCGCACGGCAUGGCCCAUGAGAACCCCGGGCGCCGCUUGACCAUCUGUUCCAUGUCACACUCGUCGUCAAGCCCAGACAUGACGUCCCUGCCGCGCGUAAGUGACGCCAUAGUGGUCGGCAGACAGCUCUGGUGUGUAUGCCGUAUAAGGCAGUAUCUGCGGGGAACAGUGGGCAGCUAG